CUGAAUCGAAAGUAUUUAGAAAACCUGGAGGAAAAGCUUGAGGCUUUGCAGAAAGAAAUGCAAGACCUCAACGCAAUGAGAAACGAUCACUCGAAACGGCUGUCCGAAGAAACACAAGGUCUACAACAAGUCAAAGAAUGGGUUUCAAUGGUCCAAGAGAUUGAACCGAGAGCCAAUCGUCUACUUGAUGAAAGUGUCUCUGAAAUGCAGAGACUGUCAAGGUACGACUAUGGUUCCCUUAUCCCUGCAUCCACCUAUCGUUAUAGUGAAAAGGUUCUCAUGACUCUUGAACAAGUUAAAACUCUGAGAACUAAGGGGGUCUUUGAAGAUGUCGUCUCUCGCAGACCUCUUCCGCCUCUUGUGAUAAAGUUGCCCCCGAUUCAACUAACUCUUUCUCAACAAAACUUGUUUCAAAGGGCGUGUCAGUUUUUAGAGGAACAAAAUGUUGGGGCUUUGUGUAUUUAUGGUAGGGGUGGAGUAGGCAAAACCACCCUUCUUACUGAAAUCAAAAACAAGUUUCUUUUUGAAGCAUUUGGUCUUGUCAUCUUUGUUGUUGUCAAGUCUGAAGUGGUCGAGAGCAUACAGGACGCAAUCAUCGGUAGAUUAGGCCUACUAUGGGGAACAGAAACUAAAGAGGACAAGGCAGCUAAAAUAUAUAUGGCCUUAAAGGGACAGAGAUUUUUCUUGUUAUUGGACGGCAUCCAGAGCGGAUUGGAUCUUGAUAAAAUUGGAGUUCCUUUUCCCAGCCAAGAAAAUGGAUGCAAAAUCGUGCUCACUACUCGAUCUCGGGAAGCAUGUGAUGAUAACAAGUGGGUUGAUGCUAAGGUAGAAGUUACAUGUUUGAGCCCAGACGAAGCAUGGGAUUUGUUUCAAGAGACCGUCGGAGAGAACACGUUGAGAAGUCAUCAAGACAUACCUAAGCUCGCAAGAGUUGUUGCUAGUUCAUGCCGUGGUUUGCCCCUUUCUCUCAGUGUCAUUGGUGAGGCCAUGUCACGCAAAAGGACUGUACGCGAAUGGCGUUACUCUAUUCAUGUUUUGGCUUCAUCCACAGCCGAAUUUCCAGAUAUGGAAGAUGGGGCUCUUCCCGUGUUAAAGUCUAUCUAUGAUUAUAUGAGUGAUGAGAAUAUCAUCAGGUUAUGCUUCCUUUAUUGUGCUCUGUUUCCAGAAAAUUGUGAUAUAAGAAAAGAAGAUCUGGUAAACUACUGGAUAUGCGAGGGAAUCCUUGCAAAUGUAGAUAGAGAGAAAGCUGAGCUCCAGGGAUAUGAAAUUAUCUGUGAUUUGGUUAGGAUGCGAUUGUUGAUGGAGGCUGGAAAUGGAUAUUGUGUAAAGAUGCAUGGUUUGGUUCGUGAAAUGGCCUUGUGGAUAGCAUCUGACUUUGGGAGGCAGAUUGAACACUUUGUCGUGGUAGCCGGUGAGAGAAUACAUCAGAUGCCAAUGGUCAACGACUGGGGGAUGGUUAGAAGAAUGUCAGUGACAUCUACUCAGAUUCAGAAUAUAUCAGAUUCUCUCCAGUGUUCCGAGCUUACAACCCUUGUGCUCCAAAGAAACAGACACUUGAAAUUGAUCUCGGGUACUUUCUUUCAGAGGAUGACAAGUCUUGUAGUCUUGGAUCUAUCAUUAAACAAAGAACUUGGUGAAUUGCCGGAAGAAGUUUCAAGCCUGGUGUUGCUGCGGUUUCUCAACUUAUCAUGGACAUUUAUAAAAGGAUUGCCCCUUGGUUUAAAAGAGCUUAAGAGUUUGAUACACUUGGAUUUGGAUUACACAUCUAAUCUUCAAGAAAUUGACGUGAUAGCAAGUUUAUUGAAUUUGCAAGUACUGAGAUUAUUUCAUUCUGUUUCCAUGGAUCUCAAGUUAAUGGAGGAUCUACAACUUUUGAAGAGCCUGAAAGAGUUGAGUCUAACCGUGAGAGGAUCUUCUGCUUUGCAGCAGUUACUAAGUAUCCAUGGGUUGGCAAGUUCUAUCCAACGUUUACAUCUCACUGAAACUACAAUAGCCGAUGGAGGAAGUUUAUCGUUGAAUGCUAUGUUUGGUCUUCGCGAGCUUGAUAUUUUGGGAUGUAAUAUCCCGGAGAUAACCACUGAUUGGAGUAGCACCAUCCAAAGGGACAUUGUGAAAAUCCACAAUUGCAGAACAUACGCACAAUGACUAUUCAUGGUUGAAUGUCUUAGA